AUGGAAACAGUGAAGUCAAAACUAGCUAAAUUCCGUUCGCAACUUGCCAAGUCUCGUUCCCCUUUAUUUCUCUACUUCAUCUACUUCAUGUCCUUCUCAUUUCUAGGGUUUUUAGCACUCAAAAUCUCGAAGCCAAGAACCACUUCACGUCCUCAUGACUUGGACCUCUUCUUCACUUCUGUCUCCGCCAUCACCGUCUCUUCCAUGUCCACCGUCGACAUGGAAGUCUUCUCCAAUACUCAACUCAUCAUCCUCACUAUCCUCAUGUUCCUCGGCGGCGAGAUCUUCACGUCCUUUCUCAGCCUCUACUUUUCCCAUUUCUCCAACUUCGUCUUUCCUCAUAACAAGAUUAGAUACCUUAUGGAAUCUUUCAUAUUGGACCGUACGAUGGAAAAACCUCGUAGUGACCUUGAGAAUGUAAAUGAGCAUCGCGAGGGUCCUAUCCAGAUCCAUGAAAGGGCUUCUAAAUGCUUGUACUUGGUGGUUCUUGGUUACCAUCUCGUAAUAAACUUAGUUGGCUCGGUGUUGCUUCUUCUGUACGUAACCUUUGUUAAAACGGCAAGAAAUGUUCUUAGUUCCAAGAAAAUCGCACCUUUCACCUUCUCCGUCUUCACAACUAUCUCCACCGUCGCAAACUGCGGAUUUGUCCCCACGAAUGAGAAUAUGAUCAUCUUCCGCAAGAACCCGGGCCUUCUCUGGCUCCUUAUCCCUCAAAUACUGAUGGGAAACACUUUGUUCCCUUGCUUCUUACAGUUACUCAUAUGGGGACUUGAUAAGAUCACAAAGCGUGAAGAAUUUGGUUACAUUCGAAAGAACAACAAGAAGAUGGGAUACUCUCAUCUACUCUCCGUUCGUCUUUGUGUUCAUCUUGGAUUGACGGUGUUAGGGUUUCUAAUGAUGCAGCUUCUUCUCUUCGUCGUCUUUCAGUGGAGCUCCGAAUCUCUUGAAGGAAUGAGUCGGUACGAGAAGUUUGUUGGGUCGUUGUUUCAAGUGGCCAACUCGAGACACGCCGGAGAAACUAUUCUCGACCUUUCUACACUUUCCCCAGCUAUCUUGAUGCUCUUCAUCCUCAUGAUGUAUCUUCCUCCAUACACAUUGCUUAUGCCGUUGACCGAAGAAAAGGAUAAGAAAGAGGGAGAUGAUUAUUCCGAAAAUGGAAAGAAAAGACAGAAGAGUGGGCUCUUUGUGUCACAACUUUCCUUUUUAGCGAUAUGUGUCUUUCUCAUUUCCAUCACCGAAAGACAAAAACUAGGACGAGAUCCACUCAAUUUCAACGUCCUUAACAUCACUCUCGAAGUUGCCAGAUCACGAAAAAGAUUAAAAAAUUCCAAGCGAGUUAGAGUUAUGCAUAUGGAAACGUUGGGUUCACAACUGGAUACAGCUGCAAACGGCGACUCGACGUCAGUGACGUUGGCUGCAAAGACGCAGGUUACGGGUUCGCGGGACGAUGGAGUCCCAUUGGAAAAUUCAUACUUAUAA